CAAACCCACUAAAAAGCCACUUAUUACAGCUGGUGCAGAUUCCUAUUGCUUUUCAAGGUGAGAGCAACAUGUUGGGAUCGGUUUUAUCCAUUCUGCUCAUUUUAACCGUGCAAACCCAUGACAGGGCAGUGGAGGGAGCAGAGCAGUGGGCUUAUGACUACACCAAGUACCACACCAUGGAUGAGAUCUCCGAGUGGAUGAACAUCAUGAUAAAGGAACAUCCUGAAGUCGUUACCAGCGUCGUCUAUGGAAACACGUAUGAAAAGAGGAAUAUCACUCUGCUGAAGAUCGGUUUGAGCAGCACAGAGAAAAAGAAGAUGGUCUGGAUGGACUGUGGGAUUCACGCUCGAGAAUGGAUCACUCCAGCUUUCUGCCAGCACUUUGUCAAGGAGAUCCUAGGCUCCUACAAAACAGACUCAAAGAUCAGCGAGAUUUUGAAACAUUUGGACUUGUACAUCACCCCGGUGUUGAACAUGGACGGAUAUAUUUACUCAUGGAAAGACAACACGACACGGUUAUGGAGGAAGUCAAGGUCACCUGGAUCUGAUAACUGCACAUGUUUUGGUACGGAUAUCAAUGGCAACUUCUAUGCUAACUGGGGAAUGGUGGGAAUUUCCAGAAACUGCUGCUCAGUGUUCUAUAAUGGACCCUCGGCUCUUUCGGAGCCCGAGGCCAAGGCGGUGACAGACUUCCUGAGUGACAAUCGAGACAAAAUCCUCUGCUUCCUCACCAUCCAUUCGUUCGGCCAGUUGAUCCUGCUGCCUUAUGGGCACCCCAACAUCACAGCCCCCAAUGAAGAUGAGCUGAUGAAAGUGGGUCUGGCUGCAGCAGAGGCCAUUAAAGCUGUUCAUGGAAUAGACUACACAGUGGGAACACCUCCUAACGUGCUUUACCCCAAUUCGGGCUCGUCUCGUGACUUUGCGCGUCUCAUCGGCAUCCCGUUUUCCUUCACGUUUGAGCUACGUGAUAAGGGUCAGCACGGCUUCAUGCUGCCGGAGGAUCAGAUCCAACCCACGUGUGAGGAGGCGUAUCAGGGCGCGCUUUCCAUUAUCACGCACGUCCACGAUAAAACCUUCAUCCGUGCGGCGGCUACAAGCAUCGCAGCCACACUGUGGAGUAUUUGCCUGGCUCUGUGGCUCUCUAGCGCCACUGUCUGAACUGAAAUCAAUCACAUACUUCAAAUAACAUGGUUGAUUCUGUUAUCUCCCCAGUUACAUAAAAAAUCUGUAGUAUUAUUCACUUAUAAACAACACUUUUUAAAUAUAUGUAUAAGUAUAAAUCGUGCAAUUUUGUUAGAAAUAAAUUAUCACACAAUUUUAAAGGUAUGUACAGUUGAAACCAGACAUUUACAUACACUUCAGAGAAAAAAAACACAAAAACUUUUAUUUCCUUACUGUCAUACAUUAAAUCAGAGUAAACUUUUUCUGUUUUUGGCCCAAGUGAAACAGUUUCGGGGCAAAUUGACGAAAGUGAUAAUAAAAAUACAUAAAAAUUC